AUGUUAAAAGACCCAUCAGUUAAGUACAAAAAAUUCCCGCCAGUAAAUUUACCAAAUCGCCAAUGGCCAAACAAAACUUUGGACAAAGCACCAAGAUGGCUUUCGACGGACUUGAGAGACGGUAAUCAAUCACUUCCAGAUCCGAUGUCUAUUGACGAAAAGAAGGAAUAUUUCAAAAAAUUGGUCGAUAUUGGCUUCAAGGAGAUUGAAGUGGCUUUCCCGCUGGCUUCUCAAAUUGAUUUUGACUUUACUAGGUUUGCGGUUGAGACUGCACCUGCAGAUGUGUCGAUUCAAGUUCUUUCUCCUUGUCGUGAGGAGUUGAUCAAGAGAACAGUUGAAUCUCUUAAAGGAGCCAAACGCGCUACGAUCCACAUAUAUUUGGCUACAUCUGACUGUUUUAGAAACGUGGUUUUCGGUUUGAACAAGCAAGAAAGUAAGGAAUUGGCAGUAAAGUGUGCCAAACUAGUUCGAAAAUUAACAAAAGACGAUCCAUCAACUGCUGGCACUGAUUGGGACUUUGAAUUUUCGCCAGAAACUUUUUCAGAUACUGAUUUAGAUUAUGCUGUCGAAGUAUGUGAAGCAGUUAAAGAGGCAUGGGGCCCCAGCAGGGAGAAACCAAUCAUUUUCAAUUUACCAGCAACGGUGGAAAUGUCCACACCAAAUGUUUAUGCAGAUCAAAUUGAGUACUUUGCCACACACAUCUCUAAUCGUGAUACCGUUUGUAUUUCAUUACACCCGCACAAUGAUCGUGGCUGUAGUGUGGCUGCUGCUGAGUUGGGUCAAUUGGCUGGAGCUGACCGUGUCGAAGGAUGUCUUUUUGGUAACGGUGAACGUACAGGAAAUGUUGAUUUGGUCACCUUGGCUUUGAACUUGUACACGCAAGGGGUAUCUCCACACUUGGACUUUUCGGACAUCACCUCGGUGAUCAAUAUAGUGGAAAAGUGUAACAAGAUUCCAGUGCAUGCCAGAACCCCAUAUGGAGGCUCAUUGGUGGUGUGUGCAUUCAGUGGCUCGCAUCAAGAUGCAAUCAAAAAGGGGUUUGCUGCUCACAACGAAAAACUCAAGGCUGCUGGUGGGAAAAACGUGCAUUGGCAAUUGCCAUAUUUACCAUUGGAUCCGGAGGACAUUGGUCGUACUUACGAAGCUAUUAUUCGUGUCAACUCCCAAUCAGGCAAGGGUGGUUCAGCUUGGGUUAUUUUGCGCAAUUUGGAGUUGGACUUGCCAAGAGGGUUACAGGUUGCAUUUUCAAAAGUGGUACAGCAACGAGCUGAAGUUAAAGGUCAAGAACUCACCAAUCAAGAAUUGUGUGACUUGUUCAAGCAAGAAUACUUUAUUGAAUACGAUGAAGACAAUAAAGAGGUUGCUGAUGAACACUAUAAAUUGGUUGAUUAUUCGAUAAAGACACCGGGCAAGGGCGUGAAGGAAAUUGAGGCGCAGAUCGAAAUUGACGGAAAGGCAGUUACUGUGAAGGGUCAAGGUAACGGUCAAUUGUCUGCUUUCAACGACGCGUUGGCCAAGCAGUUUGGUAUUGACAUUGAUGUUAAGCACUAUCAUGAGCAUUCCUUGGGAGAAGAUUCCAAUGCCAGAGCCGCCACGUAUAUCGAGGUUGUGGUGAACAAGAACAUCACUAGAUGGGGUGUCGGUAUCAACACAGAUGUAUCGCAAGCAUCCUUCCUCUCAUUGAUUUCGAUUCUCAAUGGCUUAAGAAGGAAUAAAGAUAUUUAA